GGGGGGGUUCCGUUUUGCCUUGGCCCCCAAAAUGUCUUGAAACGGCCCUGGGUGUGUGACUGAGUUUAGAAGGUGAUCUGAAUUGUAUCAGAUGUAUAAAUAUUACAUGUGUAUAACUUAUUGUUUUAUACAGGUAAAAAUGUGUAGUGGAGAUAAAUCUACCUACAUUUUACUUUCUUGUUCUUAUUGAACUAUUUCCUGUCCUGUCUGUCUCUCAUCUUCCUGCAUCUCCUCUAGCCUAGUGAAGUAGACCAAACUCUUGCUUUGCAAAGUUUGCCGGAUGCAGCGGGCGCACCAACGAUCAGCGCUCUGCGUCUUCUCCACUCAACAGAACCCCGCUACACUGAGAGUCCAUAAAUAUUGUAAUAUAGGCAGAAACUGGAUCUUUCCCUGGAAGAUAUCUAGCCCCCAUAACUGGAUCCCUGCUCCUGCAUGAAAAACCGGACAUUUCGAUCAAAGUAGGAACGCCCCGGACAGAGAAUGAAGAUUAGACAUGUGCGGGGGAAAGAGGACGUACGGUCAGCCUAGUUUAAGAGGUUGGACUGGCGCUAAACCACCAUGGCUCCCAAGCGCAGCCACAGCUGCAGCUCCCUGCAGGGAUGGCUCAGAAACGGAGAUGAGUGUCACCAGUGUGUGAUGACUGAAAGUUUAAAGAGCAAGUCACCCCCCAAGUCAACUGUUUUUGCCGAUAAAUUAUAUAAAUGAGUGUCUAGUCGUGCUGUAGACACGUGUAGUCAAUAUUUUGGCACUUUAGUGCAUCUUGGUUAAAGUUUAAAUACUCAGCCAAAAACUGUUGUUGUUGCACCGUAAUCCGGUAGAAACUCUGCACUGCAUUUGAAUCUAAAUCUGCCUUCGCUAUUUGCUAAGAAGCACCCUCUGACGUCAGCUGGUACCAUAUGAUGUCAUAAUGUUGUUGAGAGCCUGUGUGUGUGUGUGUGCGUGUGUGUGUGUGUGUGUGUGUGUGUGUGUGUGUGUGUGUUAGCGGCUCCACCCUCAGUCUGCCAGGUAAUUUUUCAAUCAGGAAGCGGAGUUAAGUCUCUGGUAGGGGGUGACUUGCUCUUUAAGUCUCUGGCAGGGGGUGACUUGCUCUUUAAGUCUCUGGUAGGGGGUGACUUGGUCUUAAAGGCAGGUGGGAUAGUUCCCCUCUUAGUCCAUUCUAAGUAUUCCCUCAUCCAAAAAAGCAGUUUCACAGAGAACGUCAAUUAAAAUAAGAGAUUAUUCAUAAUAAACGCAGAACGUUAGAACUGGGACAGAAACAUGGGGUGACUGGUUCAGGUCCGAUGGUGAAACUGGUUAGCAGGUGUUCAGGUUCUUGCCCAGAUUGACCUGAACCUCCUGCCCACGGGGAGUGGUUGGAACAGCAGCGAUGCAGCCUCAGAGCCGUGGGUGGGAGGGUACAGGGUCCUGCGUUUCACCUGUUUGUCCCUCGCAGUGGUCCCCACGUACGUGACCCUGGAGGUGAGGAUGGACUCGAUGAUGGACGGGUAUAUUUUGGAGCCUCAUCACAGUUCUGAGUUUCUUUAGCGACCAUGCAAACCUGAACACAAAUGCCCAGUUCGACCAGUAGGUGGCACUAACGUGACAUGAGCAUUGAAGUAGAAAUCCUGUUUUAAAGGAACAAACUACAGUUUUGGUUGGCUAGAGGCCGUUUUAAGCUUGGUUUAUGCUUGACGCAUUCACUUUCCGCUUGGUGAUGCGGCUCGUGGCAGGAACACGCUUCACAACUCGCAGCGUUUGUGGUUCAUGCGGCAACAUCUUUGAAUGAAUAUUUUCCCCAGAACUUUAUUGAACAAAAGUAAGUUACGUGUAAGAAAAAUGCUUUUUACUGGCGCACAGUGUGGUCAUCUGGAUGCAGUGGAGGAAAAUAAAGGAACCAGCAAAGGCAGAACCGGUCCAAAGUUUGGGAUCAAAAGUGCAGCUACACGCAGACUGGCUAAUGCUAAAGCUAACGGGUAGCAGUCUCACGAUCAAGUGGCGCACAGGAAAAUAUAUGAUGAUGGUAAAACUAAGAGCGGAUGAAAAGUCCCCCCCAUCCUGUUUACUCUGCAUCCUGCAGCGCUACGGAUCAGAACCGCUGCAGAUACGGGUCACAUUACUGCUGGCGCAGGAAGUACGGCAAGCCGUUGUAUUAUAUAAUUCACAAACGCUUCUAUCUUUGAACAUAAUUUGAACUGGAUUAUUGCUAACCCGUACAUAAUAGACAUGCCAGCGUUACAUUGUUAGCAGCAGAAAUUAAAUGUUAUUAGCAUUUCCAACACAAAUGCAUGUUAAUGAAAUGUAUUACAUGUUACUGGAUAUAUUUAUGUGUUAUUUAGACUAAGGUGAGUGUUAUUAAUGCAAACCUAACAUGUUACUGAAAUGUAGGUCAAAUAUUUAAAAUGAUUUUUAACUAUAAAUAUCAGACGGGAAAAAGGAACUAAACACCAAUCUAAUGCUAAUCAUUGAGCCUUUCAUCAUAUUUUGCCUUUAAAAGGUGAGGCAGUUGAAUGCACAGAGUGUGCUGGCGCAGGGUCAGGAUGGUACCACCUCUGCCUCAGUUUGAGCCAGGAAAAACACUGAUAUCAGUAUCAAUAAUUAUUGAAAACUAUAUGAAAAAUAUAGAAUAUAUUUUAAGUGCAGCCCGGCCAUCUGAGGCCAUCACUUCAUGAUAAAAUGUCGGUUGCAUUACCAGACUGGUUUUUCAUCGGUUCUGUUUCAAACCACCGUUGUUUGUUUAUUGUCAGACUUGUAAGAGUGAAAAUAUCGCCACACUGGUGAAGUACUGGGACCUGUCUCCUCGCUGCUGAAGUCACACUGCUGUCUGUCUGGGGUUGGGAGCGGAGGGCUUGGUGACGGAGCGUGACCAAAGCCAAUUUUUAUCCCCGGCACGUUUUACCGACCAAAACCAACGUUACGCUGAAUUAAACUGACACUGAUGAGCACUAGGACCAAGAGGGAAACAACCGCUUGUGCUGAAGCCUGUUUCCCAUCUGAACCUUCCAGAAGCUCAUCUAUUGGCUCUGCUGAUACUUGCUAACGUGUGAUUGGCUGUUCCUGCCACCUGUGUACUUGACAGUUCUGCAUUUCCGACAUUGCAUAAAAGCCUCUAGGCUGUAGUUUCAGACUUAUGUUUGUAUACUUACUGUAAAGACCCCCUUCCCCGUCCUCAUGCCGGUUGUGUGUCCCCCCGCUGCUAAAGUCAGAACUACGUUCUUGGUUUAAGGAGUCUGGUGUUGAGCAGAACAACCACAGUAAAGUCCUGUUUGUGGUAACAGUGGAUCAGCUGAUCCAGAGGCAGAGAAAAAGAUAAACCUCCAACCAAAACUCAUAAAAAUAAUUAAUGAAUCAGGAAAGCAGGAAGAAAUGUCAUUUCUGUUUUUUCGUCAAACUAUUUGGGGUUUUGAUCACAUUUAGCUUGUAUUUUAUUUAAAAUAAGGCUCGUGACAUGGUCGCAUACAGGCAAGCUAAUGCUGUUAAAGUGUAGCUGUACUAGCAGGUGUUUUUCUCGGAAUGCUGUUCUUUUCCCUCCUUAGUCGGGGAAGACGAUUUGCUGCUAAAUGAAAUAGCGAAUCAAAGGAGGGCCCUUCUAGCCAGUCAGAGGAGAGAAAGGCAGGACCUUCCCAGAUCAUUAUGCAGUUUGAUCAUUCACGACCUGGACCUGAGUGCGUGACUAGACAUUGGGUUAUUUAUGCCAGACCUGUUGGUCAGAAAACCAUCAGCUGCAGAUGCGCCCAAGAAAGGCUCCAAGAAAGCGGUGACUAAAACCGCCGGCAAGGGAGGAAAGAAGAGGGAAAGGACCAGGAAGGAGAGCUACGCCAUCUACGUGUACAAGGUGUUGAAGCAGGUCCACCCCGACACCGGGAUCUCCUCCAAAGCCAUGAGCAUCAUGAACUCGUUCGUUAACGACAUCUUUGAGCGCAUCGCUUCUGAAGCUUCCCGUCUGGCGCACUACAACAAGCGCUCUACCAUCACCUCCAGGGAGAUUCAGACCGCUGUCCGCCUCCUGCUGCCUGGUGAGCUGGCUAAGCACGCAGUGUCUGAGGGCACCAAGGCUGUCACCAAGUACACCAGCUCAAAGUAAAUUGUGUGGAGGAGGAGGUUCUCGAAGAGAAGACCGGUGCAACAUCGGUCAUUUGGACUUCGUUUGACUUUAAGGAGUCGGAUUGGAGCAUAACAAUAUAUGCUCCUGCAAGGUAUGCCGGAAGAAAGUAUUAGCGAAUAGAGGGAAUACAUCUAAUUUGUUUUACCACCUCAAAACGAAGCACGUUGUGGAAUACGAAGAAAGCCAAAAACUGCGUCCUCAACAAACGCCCAGUCAGUCGAGCGGUAAGAAAAAAGGUGGCCCUACACACCAGCAGAUGGAUAUUUUACAAGCAUUUGCAAAAGGCACUCAGCAUGAGAGAAAUAAUCAACGGUGGAUUGAUGUUACAAAUGCCAUUAGCACGUGCCUGUGUAAGGACAUGGUGCCGUUUCUUACAGUGGAGAAAAGCGGCUUUCGGGACACGAUUAAGACACUCGAUCCACGUUACGAGGUACCGAGCCGCGAACACUUCAGCCAAACAGAGAUGCCAAAACUGUACGAGAAAGUCCGCGAGCAAGUAAAGCAAGAACUCCAAGGAAUAAAACACUAUGCAACUGCGACGGACUUGUGGUCUAGUCGCACAAUGGAGCCUUACAUUAGCCUCACGGUCAACUUUUUCAACGAAGAGUGGAAGUUGUGCAGCAGAUGCCUACAAGCGUCCUAUUUCCCUGAGGAUCAUACUGGGAAACUGAUAACUCAAGGACUAAAGGAAGCACUGGAAGCAUGGGGACUUAAAGAAGAGUUCCAUGUCUGCGUAACCACCGACAAUGGGGCAAAUAUUGUAAAAGCAGUGGAACUGAAUGACCGGACAAGACUGCAGUUCUUCGGUCACAGGCUGCACCUCGCCAGCGGUAGGUUAAACAUUUCUUUUAGUCCUAGUUCGACAUUAUAUGCAAGUGCUGAGUGACGUAUGCAAGCUUUCAUGGACCAAACCCGGUGCUAGUCGUCGAUAUGUGCUACUUUGGGUAAAUGCACAGACCUAUUAUUUUGUCACUGGCUGUUAACCUGAAGAGACGCUCUUCCUUUGGAAGUAAUUAUAUUGUUGCAGGUUUACCUGACAGUUAGCUUGUAAAAUGUCAUUAAUAUACUGUAAACAAGAAAGUUCUCCCAUUGUUUACCGUCAUUCACAGAAUCAUGACACGGUCUUUUUCAUAAAUAAAUCACAACAAACACUGUAUUCUUUUGCUGAUAAUUAUUCUACAUUUCUGUAUUUGAGUAAUAUCACUUCACCUAUUUAUAAUGAACCGUGCGCUGCGGUAGGAAUAUUCGACAAGGAAGCACGAGGGUGUCAAAACACCGGUGCACACCACCCACCACCACAGGGAGAGAAUAUCUGAUGGUUAGUGCUUGGUGGUUACUAAUUAAUUAUUGUAGGUACUCAUUAGAGUACUAAACCAAACACAUUAUAUUAACCCUGCCCUGGUUAUAUGUGACCCUCCACAGGAUUUCACUCACUCACUCACUCACUCACUCACUCACUCACACUGUUAUUAUUAUAUAAUUACUGUUAUUAAUUAAUAUAGAGUUAUAAAGUAUGGUGUGUGGUGUUUUUUAAUCAUCAGAUAAUUCAGGCUUAUUCAGGAUUAGGUUAUACUGGUAUUUGUAUACGUUGAUGUGUUUGGUCCAGAUGUUUUCUGACACUGAUAUUGUGCAUGUGGAAUGCGACUACUGUUAAUACGUCCAGUUCUGUCCUCAGAGAGAAGUGUGACAGACGCCAGUGUUGAACGUGCAAUCUGCAAGUGCAAGAAGCUUGUGAGUGCAUUUUCUUACACUUGGAGAGAAAACGAGAAGUGGCUAAUGCCCAGGCUGAGCUCAACCUGCCUCCUCACCGCCUCAUAACUGAAACACCAACAAGAUGGGGCUCUCGUCAACAGAUGGUUCAGAGGCUGCUUGAACAAGAGAAGGCCAUAAUCCCAGGUCCUGAAAGCAGACAGGAGAACCAGGCACCUGGUACCAACUUGGCAGGACAUUGAUGUGUUAGAAUCUAUGAGCAAAACCCUCGAGCCCCUGGUGGAGUUCACAGAUGCUCUGUCUGGAGAGGAACAUGCGAGUGUGUCGUAUGUCAAACCUGUGCUCCACCUUCUACACAACACAGUUCUUCCUCUAGCUGACGAUGGCACAGACCUGACAGCAGGCAUGAAGAGAACCAUCCUCACGUAUUUAAAUGAGAAGUACUCAGACCCUGCAACCGAUGACCUGCUGCAUAUGGCCUCCUUUGUCGACCCACGCCUCAGAUCAUCAUAUAUAGCUGAUAACUGAAGAGAGUUCAUCAUGACAAAAGCAGCAGCAGAGAUUCAAGCACUGCUAGAAACACGAGCUGCGUCUGCCACAAAGACACCACCAUCCCACACGAGCACAGGAGCUGCUGGACACGUCCAAAGUGAACCCAAGAGGAGUAAACGAACUCUGAGCAGCUUUUUCACGAAGGAAUCUGUUCAGCCCGGCCCAGCUGUCCUCACUAACAGAGAAGAGACUGAAAUUGAGCUGAAGAGUUACCUGCAAGCACUGGACGUUGGAGGAGAUGUUAACCCACUGGAGUGGCGGCGGCUGCACCAGGCCAACUUUCCCAGGGUGGCAAGCCUAGCCAAGAAAUACCUUUGUAUUCCUGCCACGAGUGCCCCCUCAGAAAGAGCAUUCAGCACCAGUGGCAACAUGGUAACAUGUCACAGAUCUGCACUGAAGCCUGAGACUGUGAACAAACUGGUGUUCCUGGCAAACAACCUCUGAUGUGCAGGAAGGUUUAGUCACUGCUCACAAGGAGCACAAACGCUGAUGUUUAAUGUUCACAUCUGCAGUUGAUAUUGCAGGUUAGAAAUGUGUUCUGUUGAGAGUUUGUAGUUCUAAUAUGGGCAGCUUUAUUGUGUGCAAUAUAAAGAAGUAAUCAGGAAAGAAGGAAAAA